AUGCUCGAGCGCCUCCGCGAUCUCCUCUCGUUCCUCUUCCGCUGCGCGCGCGCCGUCCUCCUCCUCUUCCUCGUGCUUCUCGCCGACGCGCUCGGCUUUCCGGCCGCCGCCCGCGCUGUGCGGCAGUGGGAGGAGUGGUUUUGCCGCCUUGAGCACCGCGAGACCGAGUCGAAUUGCUCGCAGUCUAAUUCUUCGCAGCGUGCGCAGACCUCGUUCCCCCACGGAGGGGUUACAGGAGAGACUGAAAAGACAGGAGACACAGGGAACACAGUAGCCACUGAUUUGAGCUCGUUACACGCAUUCAGCUCCCUACAGGCGCUCAGCUCGCUGACAGCCAUGGCGCAUCGCCUCUGCGGCCGAUGUGUCUCUUCCACCGCCUCCGCCUUCCCCGCCGCCAAAUCCGCCGCCUUCCCCGCCGCAACUCACGCUUUCCAAUCACACCUCUCCACCGCAACCAGCACGACCAGCCCCGCCGCGCAUAAUCGCUCAUCCCCCGCCGCCGCGGCGCUCCGUAGCUGUCGCCCGACGGCCAAUUACCCGCCGCCACGUGGCGCCAAGGCGUGGUGGUAUCAGCCGUGGCUGGCGCAUUCCGCCGUCACCGGCGCACGCAGGCUGCUCCCCGCAGCGGGGGGAGGGGGAGGGCCGGGGGGAGCAGGCGCGGGGGGGAGGCGCUACGUGGGGACGGUUCCGCCCGCAGCUGGCGGGAGGGGAGUGGGCGCGACGAGAUGCGAGGGGGGAGGCGACAUGUACACGUGGCCUGAUCCGACGCGGCCGCGCGUGUGUGUGUUGGGCGGCGGGUUCGGGGGGCUGUACGCGGCGUUGAGGCUGGACUCGCUGCUGUGGAGCGACGAGCGCCGCCCGCAGGUGCUGCUGGUGGACCAAUCAGAGCGCUUCGUGUUCAAACCUCUGCUCUACGAGCUGCUCUCGCAAGACGUCACUGUGUGGGAGAUAGCGCCCAAGUUCACGGAUCUGCUCAGGAGCACCCAAGUGGCCUUCCUGCAGGAUGGCGUGCAGGCAGUGCACGUGACCAAGGGCGGGGCUGCCUCUGCUGCUGACGUGGCAGGAGAUACAGGUGGACGCGUGCGAUUGGCUUCUGGAGUGGUGGUGGAAUACGAUUGGCUGGUGUUGGCGUUGGGGGCGCAGACCAACAUGGCCUUCGCGCCAGGCGCCAAGGGGCGAGCUCUGCCCUUCAGCACCCUCGACGACGCUCUGGCGGUGGAUCGGCGGCUGCUGCUGCUGGAGAAGCGGUGGCAGGCGGCCAAGGAGGCAGGCGAGGACCCAGCGCCCAUUCGAGUGGUGGUGGUGGGGGCGGGCUAUGCGGGGGUGGAGCUCGCUUGCACCGUGGGGGAGCGCCUGGGCAGCAAGGGGCGCAUUGAGAUUGUCGACCCGGCCGCUGCUGUGUGCCCCGCUGCUGCUCCCGGCAACAGACGCGCUGCAGAGCGGGCGCUGAAAGAGAAGGGAGUGCAUCUGCGCCUGGGCACCAAGGUCACACGCAUGGCUGAUGCAACCCACUCCUCCUCCCCCUCCUCCUCAUCAUCAUCCUCCUCAUCAUCAUCGUCAUCAUCCUCAUCCGCCGCCUCCUCAUCCCCCCCAUCGGACUCAGACCCAUCUCCCUUCGCCGAGCCAGCAGCGCGCCUCUUCCUCCAGUCAGCAUCACCCGGCAGCUCUGGUAGUGAGAGAGAGAGUGACAUGGAGGCCGAUAUUGUUCUCUGGACUGUUGGCAGCUCGCCUGUUCUCCCAGCCUCUGCCUCAGAAGAAGCUUUAUCAGAAACAUCAGGAGGAACAGGAGGGGAGGGGGGAGUGGGAGGAGUGGGAGGGGAGGGGGCGGUGCAGUGGUUGAGGAGGACAGCAAGGGGGCAGGCGGACGUGGAGGAGAGUCUGAGAGUGAAGGGGCUCACCAGGGUGUUCGCCCUCGGGGAUGCUGCAUGCGUGCCGGAUGGCAACGGGCGACCGUUGCCUGCCACAGCUCAGGUGGCAUUCCAGCAAGCGGACUAUGUCGGGUGGAACAUCUGGGCUGCCAUCAACAACCGCCCCCUGCUACCCUUUAGGUACCAACAUUUGGGCGAGCUGGUGCUGCUGGGGUCCAAGGAUGCAGCAGCCUCCGUGGGCUUCAUCGAUGACUUUCUUAUUGAGGGGCGCGCUGCGCACACAGCGCGCAAGCUAGCAUAUUUGUACCGGUUGCCAACCAAUGAGCACAGGGCACGUGUUGGGGUGAGCUGGCUGACACGUGCCAUUGUGGACGGCAUCUCCGAGGCACAGAACUUCCUGGCAGCUGCCACCAAGGUUCAAGAGGAUAAGAAAUGA